AUGCCGUGCCAGAAUUCCUUGGUUAGCCAAACUGUUAAGUUCAUUUGCCAAAGUGUCAUUAUCCGUGCAGAUAGCAACACACCAUGCGCAAGCUUGAUCCAUUGUCCUUGUGGAGAAUACUGUGACCGUGGAGGUGGAAAAUGCCGUGCCGCCAAAUGUACCGAAAUUGGAGGCGAAUGCCCGGCCUACGGUCUGCCUUUCAAUUUCCGAUGUCACCACGGAGUUUGCAUGUUGCCGCAAGAAGACAUUCAGGCCUCAAUCAGCCGGGUCAAUAAAGCAGCCAAAGCUGCCAAUCGAAGCCCCAAGGGAAAGGGAAAGGGCAAACUGCCUAAGGCUAAAUUGAUUGCUUGAUGGUGAUAUUUCGAGGGAGACACAUACGUUUAAGAAUGGUAUUGACACUGCUUCAGAAAAUGGUGCACAUAUCAGAGUCCCAACUUCAAGCUGAUGUAGCACUCUAGACGAAAUUAAAGAAUUGAAUGUUCAAUACCUGCAGUACUUCCCGCCCAA